AUGAAGUUCACCGGUUUGCUCUUGCUUUCCUUGUUGCGUAUCACCGCAGGCCAGCUUAUUGGUCCUGUUGGUCCAACAACCGGCCUUCAAGAUAAAACAUUCGAGUGCAACAUUCUUGAUUAUGGCGCUGUGGCUGAUAACAAGACUGACAUUUCCACUGCACUGGAAACGACUUUCUCGGACUGUGUUCGAAAAAAUCCGGGUAGCCGACUCAUUGUCCCCGAAGGAGAGUAUCUCAUCGAGCGAGGUGUGACUCUCAUCAAUGGCACCAAUUGGGCAUUCCAGUUGGAUGGGCUAAUCACAGCUGCAUAUGGCGGUGAUUGGAAUAUUGCGCGUGAGUUGCUACUCCAGGGGUUUGCAGGCACAGAGAUCAUCAAUGCAACCAUCAAUGGGGAGGGUGAUAAUGAGUUCACAUUUCCAGGCAUUCUUUUGGGGCUCAAUUUUGACAAAAUAGCUGUGGAUUUCGAGUUUUAUUCAUCCAAUGGCAAAGGGGCCUUCCAAGGACAGGGGUAUCUCUACCGGAACCUUGGAAGCACGGAUCGUCCCCGCCUAGUGCGUUUGAUCUCUCCGACCAACGCCUCUGUCCAUGACUUGAUUCUAGUCGACAGCCCCAAGUUCCACAUUAUCUUGGACUUUGCCAUUAAUGUUGAAGUCUACCAUUUGACUAUCCGGGGGGCAAACCUAGGGAGCUAUGAUGGCAUUGAUGCCAUUGGAACCAACUAUUGGAUUCACGACAAUGAGGUUACCAAUCGCGACGAGUGUGUUUCGGUGAAGAGUCCUUCCCACCAUGCCUUGGUUGAGAACCUGGUUUGCAAUCAGGCAGGCUCUGGUAUAUCCAUUGGCAGUUUGAAUUCGUCUGCAGAAAUCUCAAACAUCGAAGCACGCAACAUCAGCAUUAUCCAAGGUAACAACAUCGCUUUCAUUAAAACAUACCCUGGUGGAUCCGGCUAUGUUACAAACAUCACUUUUACAAAUUUCCGCUCUUUGGGGAGUCUCUAUGGCUUGGAUAUCAACCAAUACUGGCAAAAUACCUUUGAGCCUGACACUGGUGCUGUUGCAUUGAGCAACCUGGUUUUCCGAAACUUCUCUGGCUCUGUUGCCGAUGGAGUCAAGCGCCCUUCACUUUACCUCGUCGCAAAUGACCUCUCAUUUGCUACCAAUGUCACUGUCGAAGAUUUUUCAGUGUGGACAGAAUCGGGUACUACGGUUGUAAACAAGAUCAGUAACAUAUUUGGCACUGCAGAUGACAGCUACGGGUCAAGCAAUGGUAUCAAAUCUCUCGGUGCGGGAGAAUCGCCUUCGCCUUAUUCCAGCACCUACACCAUUACAGCAUCCCCAACUGGCUGGAAGGCCCCCGCGACUCCUACUUGGGCUGUUCCUAGUACGGGUUAUGGAACGGCAUCUCCCAUUCCGGUCUAUAGUCCAGCCCCUCUCUGGCGCCCAGGUGGUGUGGAUUAUGAUUUGCAUUACUGGGGAAGCUUCUAA